AUGAUUGAAUUGUACUCAGUAUGUGGAUUGUGGAAGUUGAACAACAACAUUCAUUGGGAAUUUGAGAUGGAUAAUGAAAGGGGAGCUUCUUUGAUUAACAUUGAUGAGAAUACUAGAUUUAGUGACUUGGUAAAGAUACUAUUAGAAGAUUUUGACAUUGAUAUUCGGGCACAAUGUUUAAAGCUUAGCUAUACAUUGCCUGCUAUGUCUGCUACCAGAGGUAGUAUUCCUAUUUUUAUUAGAAAUGAUAGGCAACUUGAAGCUUUUAAACUCAAAUAUGCACAAAGUGGAGGAGUUCUUCAUCUAUGUGUUACUGUUGAGGAUUUUUGUGUGACUGUUGAGCAGGGCCAACCUAGCUCUACUCUUUUUAUUGAGAGUGUUACUGCUGUUACUCAAGAUCAAACUAGCUCAAAUCUGUUUGUUGGGAAUGCUUUUGAUGUUUCUACUGCUACUCAUACUCAGUCAGACAACAAGAGGUGUGUUCUUCAUUGUAUUUAUGAAAAAUGUAGUUGGAGGCUAGAUGCAACUAAGGUUAAAGCAUCAGAUAGCUUUGUUGUUCGAAAGUAUAUUAGUCAGCACAGCUGUGACUCUGCUUUAAGGAAUGUUAAUCAUCGCCAAGCAUCUGCAAGGACUUUGGGUGGUUUGGUUAGUAACCAUUUUGCAGGAGGAAAGCUUCCUCUCAGACCUAAACAGCUCCUGGAAAUUUUUAGGAAUGACCAUGGAGUUAGUGUCUCAUACUCAAAAGCAUGGAGAGCUCAAGAACAUGCAUCAAAACUUGCUAGGGGUUUACCUGCAGAUAGUUAUGAGGUUUUACCGAGUUGGUUCCACAUGAUAGAAAAGAAGAAUCCAUGUACUAUUACUUACAUCAAAGCUGAUUCUGAUAAUAAGUUUAGAUAUGCUUUUCUGGCUUUUGGUGCAUCAAUUAGAGGUUUUAAGUUGAUGAGAAAAGUUAUUUCUAUUGAUGGCGCCCAUUUGAAAUCAAAAUAUAAAGGGACUUUGCUUGCUGCAUCAGCUCAGGAUGGUGAUUUUCAGUUAUAUCCUAUUGCUUUUGCCGUUGUUGAUUCUAGGAAUGAUGCAUCAUGGGAUUGGUUUUUGCGGUGUUUGAAGACUAUUAUUCCUGAUGAAAAGGAUCUAGUUUUCGUGUCUGAUCGGGCUUCUUCAAUUGCAAUUGCGCUUUCAGUAAAUUAUGUAAAUGCUCAUCAUGGGAUCUACACUUUCCACUUGCAAAAGAACAUGGAAAGACGAUUUAGAUCUUCUGCUUCUCUUCUUCCAGUUGUUCAUGAUGCUUCAAGAGCUUACACUCAAUAUGAUUUUGAUUAUUUGUUCAGUCAAAUUUCCAAUGGUGAUCCGGAACUUGGAGAAUAUCUUUGGCAAGUUGAUAUUAGAAAAUGGUCACGUGCAUAUUCUCCUUCUAACCGGUACAACAUCAUGACAUCUAAUUGUGCCGAGUCCAUUAACUCCUUAUUAAAAGAGACUCGCGAGUAUCCAAUUGUCUGCCAGUUUGAGACAAUCAGGUCUAUUUUGACUAGGUGGUUUAAUGAACGACGUGAGGAGAGCUGUCGACCUCCAUAUGAUGUUACUCCAAAUGUUGGGAAUAAGAUGAAUGCAUCUUAUAAUAAUACUACCCGCUGGCUUGAAGUUUGCCCAGUAAAUGAAAAUGUCUUCGAGGUUAAAGCAGGUUUAAAGACCAAUGUGGUGAAUUUGGACACAAGGAAAUGCACAUGUUGUAUGUUUGAUAUUGACAAAUUCCCUUGA